GCACUUCUGCAUUCCCACUUCUAUGGCAGCCUCAGGUGCAAACAUGCAAGGGCAAGCCACAACUUCGCACAACAGUGCCCAUGACAGCUGUUUAGCCAGCAAGCAGCAGCAGAGCUGCUCACAGGCUACUACAGUGGACUUUGCAGCGGUCUUGUGUGGUGUUGUGGUUGAGGUUGCUGGCUGUAAAAGCCGUAAAUCUAUGCCUGACAGAGAAAGUUGUUUGAGCAGUAACCUUGACAGAGCUAUUUGCACAUCAGAAAGGGCCCAGUCUAGUGUUGCAAAGCGAUGCAAUCGUCAUCGGGCAGUUUUGUCUUCCAAAUGCAGUUCCAACAGUAACGACCAGGCUGUUUCCAUACAGAAAUGUGGCAUUACAGCUGACAGUUCUGUUCAGGCUGUGCUCAGUGCAGGUGUAGGUAACCAUUCAACAGCCUUGAUGCCAGGCUGCAGUGUUGCCAGCUUUGAUGCCACAGCUUCUGUCAAGACAUGUGCAAGUAAUUCUGCUGAUGUGCUACUUGGAGCAGGAGCAAACAAAAUUUUUUUGAACUCCACAUUUGACAAUUUUGUUUCUUUUAAGGAGUCCUUUGAUGCCUGGUGCAAGGAAGGGAAACAUGUAGUUGCUGUGAGCAAGUCAAAUAAGAACCCCUUUUCCGCAGACAGUAAAGAUUAUGAAUUUCUCAGAAUCACUUAUCGUUGUAUUCAUGGCGGACCUGCUAGGCAGCGUGGAAUUGGAAAGCGCCCUAACCAGAGCUAUAAUAGCACUAAUUGUGAAAUGUCUCUUUCACUCGUGCUUUGCAAAGAACCGGCAUUGCACUACAAAAUAAGCCAGCUAAAAGUCAAACAUAACCAUAGCCUUGAUCUGUAUAACAUCUAUCCUCAGAAAAGGCUUCUAAGCAGCACAGAGAAGGUAGAACUGUAUGACCUGGUCAAGUGCAAUGUCGCUCCAAAAGAUUUUAAGAACUUGGCCAAGCAAAAAACAGGAAAGACAUUAACAACGAAAGAUGUCUAUAACUAUAAGAUGGAGUAUUCUAUUCCUAUUCGAACUCAGGAGGCGCAUGGUGAAAUGCUGAUUCACGAAAUAGAAAGCUUAAUUGAGAAAAAUCCCGACUGGGUUAUUCAUUAUGAAAAGAAUAACGAAAACAAUCUCCAGUUUAUUUUAAUUCAAACUAGCCACAUGCGUGAAAUGUUUGAAAAGUAUCCUGAGGUCAUAUUUGUUGACGGCACUUACAAAGUUAACAGGGAAAAUUAUGUCUUAUACUCAAUUCUUGUCGAAGAUGGUCGUGGUCGUGGAAGAUGUGUUUGCUACGCAUUUGUGCGAAAUGAAACAACAGAAAUUGUUCGGCCCAUGUUUGAGAAAUUUGUAGACUUUAACCCAUUUGUUGUAGCAGCCUGCAAAGUAGUAAUGAUAGAAAGACAUGAACGAGCUACGCAUCUUAAGUUCUCUCCUCCCAUAUAGCACAAUAUUGCUGUGCACAUGGCAUGUACUGAAUUGUUUCCAUAGAAAUGUUGAUGAAAAGGCAAAGGCUCAACGCAAACUACUUCUUCCAAUUUUAAAAGAACUCGUCUAUUCU